AUGAAUGAAAAAAAGGCUGCUGAGACUGAGAAAAUUAAAUUGGAAAAUAAAAUUACUAAGGAAGUUACCUAUGAAAAAUUAAAAGCAAAAGCAAAGCAUGAAAAUAUUAAGGAUAAGAUUCAAAUUUUUCAAGAGUUAGUCGCACUAGAAGAGAAAUUAAAAAGCAGUGAUAAAUUGACAGGCGAAGAGCAAAAAAAAUUGGAAGCGCUAGAAAUGCUUAAAAAAGAAUUUAAAACUUCUUUUGUUGAACCAGAAAAGAAGCCGUUAGCUGAGUCCACUAAAAAACUUUUGAUAAAAAAAAGAGUGGUAAUUCUGGUUUUGGAUCUAAAACUCAACGAAGAAAAACUGAGUUCUUUAUUGGAAAAUAUAAAAGGUGAAAUAGAAAAUCAAAAGGAGAAGAACAAAGAUUUGGGUGACAAAAUUGCUCUUUCUCUAGACAAAAACGAAUCGUUAAUAAAAUUACGCUUGGAAAAUUUAAGUUCUGAGUUGAAAAACAGCGUAGCACAACCUUUGGCAAAAAUUAAUAAUGUUCUUUUACAUCCCCGCGAAAGAGGAAAAUUAGGAAAUUUGCAGUUAGAUCAGUUGUUAUCCUUAUACUUACCAAAAAAUGGUAAAGUUUAUCAGUUAGAAUUCACCCUCAAAAAAAAAAGAACUAACGGGGAAGGUUUGCGGGUUGAUGCGAUUGUUUUUGGGAUAGAUGGUAAAAAUAAUUUAGCGAUCGACAGCAAAUUUCCGUUAGAGAAUUAUUUAAUGUUAUUUAAAGAAGAACUUUCUGAUGUUGAAAGAAAAGAGAUCGAGAAGAAUUUUAAAAAUAACCUCAAAGAACAUAUUAAAAAAGUGGCUGAGUAUGUUUCAGAAUUAGAUGGUACUGAUCACGCCAUUAUGUUCGUUCCUUCCGAGCAGUGGUUAUUAAUCAUAUUCUCUGAACAAACAAAACUUGGGAGCAAUACAGAAAUGUAG